GCAGACAGGGUCGACACACGCUGAGAGGCAGGGCUGUCCUGGCUGAAGAGGGACGGGACUGAUACUGAGAAGAAGAUUAAGAAACAGACGGAAGACAGAGGGCUUUCUGCACUGCACGGGUCAGCCACUAAGUCUCGACUUCAGGGGUCGUGUAUGAUGCGCUUGGCUGAUGAGCAGAAAUCACCAGAGGACGAAAUGAGUUUUGGGGCAGCGUGCAUUUUCUUGCGGGGAGGGAAAAACAUUUCAAGAGAGCUGGCUGAUGAUGAGAUUGAUGAGCUGCGUGAUGCGUUCAAUGAGUUUGAUAAAGACAAGGACGGGCUUAUCAGCUGUAAGGACUUGGGAAAUCUGAUGAGGACAAUGGGUUACAUGCCCACUGAGAUGGAGCUGAUUGAGCUGAGCCAAAACAUCAACAUGAACCUUGGUGGGAGAGUCGACUUUGAGGACUUUGUAGAACUGAUGACCCCGAAGCUUCUGGCAGAAACAGCUGGGAUGAUUGGCAUGAAGGAGCUUAAAGACGCCUUUAAAGAGUUUGAUGUGGAUGGAGAUGGAGAGAUCACAACAGAGGAGCUGCGGUUAGCCAUGACAAAGCUGAUGGGAGAGCACAUGAGCCGAAGAGAGAUUGAUGCCAUAGUGAAAGAAGUAGAUGACAACGGAGAUGGCACAGUAGACUUUGAAGAGUUCGUCAGGAUGAUGUCCCAUCAAUGA